AUGAUUCUUGUUGCUCUUCGAUACACCCUGCAGAUACUCUACCCGAGCCUACAACACUACAGAGUUUUCUCUUAUUACAGAAUCACCGGCGAAACUAAGAGGAGGCGCGUGGACAAGGCACUUAGGAUUCUGGACAUCGUAUCCACCGGAAGAGCUACCGUCGUUAGGGAUCGCCGAACCCAUCUGCGUCUCACUGAGGACUUUCUUCGAACGGAUUUGGAUCAAACCCAUGAGGAGGAACACCAAAUUCAUGGUUCCAGACCUCCAUCCAGCUCCGGAGAUGGUGAAAUCGAUGUAGUAGCGGAUAAAACUCCGGAGCCUUUUCCGGAGAACGAAGAAGGUUUGGGAGGAGGAGUCUUUGGUGCUGUCGUCCUGUCAAGCGCGGUGAGCUCAUGUGUGUCCAUCCGCGACCUUCGUGGCGGCAUUCGGUAUCAUUGCUUGGCAAUUACAACUGGGUUUCUCGCAAAUGCGUACGUGGGGAGCUCUUUGAUCACUCUGUACAGCAAGUGCGGGGAACUGGGUCAUGCACACAAGGUGUUCAACGAAAUGCCCGUGAGGAAUGUGGUGUCUUGGACGGCAAUUAUUUCUGGGUUUGCACAGGAGUGCCAUGUCAAUCUUUGCUUGGAGCUCUACUCCGAGAUGAUGAUGAAGUCAACACUCAGACCUAACGACUUCACACUCACUAGUCUAUUGAGUGCCUGCUCCGGCAUUGGAGCUCUUGGGCAGGGAAAAAGUGCUCAUUGUCAAGCCCUUCAAAUGGGUUUGGACUCGUAUCUCCACGUUGCCAACUCCCUCAUUUCCAUGUACAGCAAAUGCGGAAGCCUAGAAGAUGCACUUUUAGUCUUCGACAACAUGAGUAGCAAUAAUCGAGAUCUUGUGUCAUGGAACUCGAUGAUAGCUGGAUACGCUCAACACGGCCUGGCGGAAGAGGCAAUUGAGUUGUUUGAAGAAAUGAAGAGGAAUCAACAGCACCUGAAGCCAGAUGCCAUUACUUUCCUCGGUGUUCUAUCUUCUUGUCGCCACUCAGGUUUUGUGGAGAAUGGAAGAAUUUACUUCAAAUCAAUGGCAGAUGAACAUGGCGUGACGCCUGAGGUAGACCAUUACGCAUGCCUAGUUGACCUUCUUGGGCGUGCUGGGUUGCUGGAAGAGGCUCAAGGAGUCAUCGAGGGAAUGCCGAUGGAUCCAAAUGCAGUCAUAUGGGGCUCGCUUCUUUCUUCUUGUCGGCUUCAUGGGAGUGUUUGGCCAGGGAUACAAGCUGCAGAGCAAAAACUGUUGAUGGAACCCGAGUGUGGCGCAACACACUUGCAGCUUGCAAAGUUGUAUGCUGGCGAGAGGUGUUGGGGUGAGACUGCAAGGGUGAGGAAGUUGAUGAAAGAUAGAGGGCUUAAGACGAAUCCCGGGUGUAGUUGGGUUGAGAUCAAGAACGAGGUGAGUAGAUUUAGAGCAGAAGAUGGAUCAAACAACAGAAGAUUUGGUGAAGUUGUUGAUGUUUUGGAUUCUCUGGCAGACCAUAUGAGAACACUAAGUUUUGUGCCUGAAAUAUAA